AUGUCGACUUCUGCCGAUAUCCCCAACAAGACGCGACUGUCGCAUCAGCCGUCCAAGAUCCGCGCCGUUCUUUCAUUACCGCCGCAAUGGCUUCACAUGUACGAAGAGUUCAUCACCAAGAACUCUAGUCAGGUCUCUCAAAUAGAUCCCAUGUACCGGCGCAUUGCCAUGUUACUGCAAAUGGUCACAUACACACAGUUACUAUGCGAGAUGGCCGCCAAGAGGCGUGGUGGCGAGCGCAGUCGAUGGCGCGUCGUUGUGCUCUUGGAAGCUAUCAAGGCCAUCUGCCGCCUGUUACUAUUGCGCGUGACGCGCUCUCGUCCUCUUGUGUCGCCCGUCCUCCCGGAACGUGAGCCGAUUCCUGAAGAAACCGAGGCCGAAAGUGACGCCGCUUUAAAGGAUAUUUUGGAAGAGCCGAUCAAUGGGCAUGCACCAGAAGACAGCGGUGAGGCGCAAAAGCCCCAUGAGAAAGACUGGACGAUGCCCAGGACGGGCAUGAGCCUUCCCUCGCUGCCCAAUGCUGGUGAUAUUAGCGGCUAUCUCCUGGGCAAGGUGUUGACAGCAGAGGAUAUCAAACCAGCUGCAAAGCUGCUGAAUCAGCUACAGGGUAGCGCACAGGCAGCAGAGGUGCUACACAUCCUCGCACCGUUGGUGUAUGCCAUUGCUUUGUCGAAAAGCAAGAAUAAGAAGUCAUGGACCCCGUGGCUAGUCGGCCUGAGCGUCGAAUACGCAGCACGGCAACUCAGAGACCGGGGCUUCAGGACAACGCCACUCGAACGCGACGAAUGGAGCAAGAGAGGCUGGGCCAUGGGAUGGUGGACCAUGCGCGGAGCAUUCUACGAGAACAUCAUGAAGGGUGUUGUCGGCGGCGUGCGAUCCAGAGUACCCAAUCUGGUUGGUGGCAUUCUGGAGGACUACGAGUAUCUGUGGGAGAACUACUACUUCAGCACCAGUGCCUAA